AUGUUACGACAUUCUUUGAAACGAAUCAGAAAUGUUGUGUUAACAAAAUAUCCUUGUCGAAAAGAAAAUGUCACAACAUCAAGUGGUGAAGUUUGGGAUGAUCCAUGGCAAGCUGCUAUAUCAAAAACAGAGCAUACGCGAAGUAAAGCAGUUGAGAUAUCAGUUGAUUGGAAGUAUGUAGAAAGGCUUAUGCCAAAGAAAUUGAUACCUGAUGUGCCGAACCAUGAUACAUAUCCAACACCUAGUGGAUGGAGACCACCAAAACCUCGACCAGAUCUAACAUUUUACGUAGAGCGAAAUCGUGAUCAUUUGUUACCACUUUAUUUGGAAACGAGGAGAGAUCAAUUAGAUCCAAAGACAUUAGAGUUUGAAUAUGUUGAAUUGGUACUGGUGAAAGGAAUUCAUGGCGAUAUAUUCGAAUGUGAAAAAAAGAUGCGAGAAUAUUUGGAAGAAUAUUUGCAUCAUCCGAUUGCAACGCAUGUUGAUGAGCUGAAAGGAUUCAUUCGAAUAAAAGGUGCUGAUCGUGCUGUCGUUGAACAGUGUUUGUAUGACUUUGGUUUUUGA